GUGGCCUGAACAGCACGUGUAGACGAGAUGGCUUUCCGUUACAUUGGUCGAGUUGCGAUUGUUUCAUUAUCACUGUUCAUGAACACAGCGUUAGGUUCCGAAGAAAGUCCCCAGCUACCACACAUGUAUUACCUGCGACAGUCGUGGCCGCAAGUUGAUCAAAAAACAUCAUCAAGUUUUCCAAUAGGAUAUGGGAUUGGUGGUGUAGGAUUCUUGCCCAAAGGAGGUCUUUUAGGAGUUGGUGGUCUGGGAUAUUAUGGUGGUGGACCUAUUGGGAGCUACGGUGGUGAUUUUCUAGGAGGCUAUGGAGGUGGACUUUAUGGUGGCUAUGGGGGAUUCGGAGGAGGUCUUCAGAAGAGCCAAGGAGGUAGCAGUUACAGCAAAGGGCAGUCCGGCAUUGGAGAGCAAAAUCAAGCAGCAGGAUUUGCAGCUGGAGGAGGCCACAAGGGACAAACUGCAGCCCAGAACUCCCAGGGAUAUUCAGGGGCUCAAGACGCCCAGAGACAGAAUCAACAAUCUUCUGGUUUCUUUGGUAACGAGGCUGGAGAAAAGAAGAAAUAUGAGAAAGGGGGAGCCUACGAAGGUGGUUCGAACUACGGGCAAUCUGGUAAGAAGCAGGGUGAGGUGAAAAGCAAUCAGGACCAUAAAAAGGGCCACAGCACCAAGGGAUAUCAGAACUUCCACCACAAAGACGAGACUUCAAAACAAACGACAUUCUUUGACGAAUCAAAUGACGAAGGAAGCCACUAUGAUUACCAAGGACAACAGGGAGCAUACGGUGAUCAGGGUGGAUCGUCAUACAAAGGAGCCCAGCAAGAUGGUAGUUUCGCUAGCGGUGAAAAAGGCAAGAAAGGCCAUUACGAUUCUGGGUACGCCAAUGAGAACCAGCAUGGCGCCAAAGGAUCACACAGCAAUCAAGGAUACUACGGAGAUAAUGCAGACUACGGUCAGAAGAAAGCGUACGAUGACUAUGGAAAGAAAGCAGCUCUAGGACACCAGCAGCAAUAUGGGGGCUAUCAAGGACAGCAGUUUGGCGGAUUUAAGAAAGGUGGUAACUUUGGCGGUUAUGGAGGAGGUUUAGGACAUAUAGGAUAUCUGGGAUAUUAAUUUAUGAUGAUAACAUCUAAUUUGAAAUCAGUGCUUCCCACUUACAGCAUUAUUCUCAGAACUUUAUACUGUUGAUAAAGAACGACUAUGUUAAAUAAACAUAAAUCUUACUGUCAUGUGUAGGUAAGCGGGCUCAAGAGGCAUGAGCUUACUUGAUCAAUCAAUUCAAGAUAUCACUUGUCGGGUUGGUUUCAUUAUAAAGUACAAAAUUUAUAUAUAACAUACACUGCAAAUAAUGCUUCGGCUUUCAUGAUUUAGCUACUCUAGUCUGCUCAGUUUCAGAUUUCCUUUCUGGAACUGAAUAUUUUAGACAUUUCGACUCUCAGACAUCAUAUCACCGCAAGGCCUCCUCCUUCACAGGAGAACACAACACAUAAAGGCAUAUUACAUAUCCAUACCUUGAUCGGAUGUGAUCACUUAGCUUUUUGCUUGCAAAUUGUGACUCGUCACAGACAACUAGAAAAACAUACUUCUUUGUGCCAGGAUAUGAUAAUGGAUGUGACUGUUUGUCCCAAAGUUCUUUCGCUAAUAUUUUAAUUUCUCUAAUUUAAGAUUUAAAAUGGAUACAAUUUUCCAUAUAUUGAAUGCUACUUCGGAAAAUGUUCUGGUCGGACUUAAGGACGUGGAACGAUCUCUGCAUACUUGAAAGGACGAGAGAAUUAUAUGCAUUCAUUUCAAAGUCCCGUGUUGUUGCAGAAAAUAUAUUCCUUGUUCUCAAUGUAUUUCUGAUGUAUUUUUGAUUAUAUAACCGUGUGACUAAGCAUAUGAAUUUCGUGGCUGCCAGAAAAUGCGGAAUUAAAUAUAAUAUUUGUAAUAAUCGUUGAUGAAAUAAUAAAUAUUAGUCAAACAAAGUAAUGAAGUUUAUUCCUGAAAUUCAAGUUUAUAAAUUAUUCCACCAAGCUUCGCAAUUAGGUAUAUUAUUCUGUAAGUUCACAACAAUAUUAGUGUCUUCAAUUUGUAAAAUUUUUCGUCAAGCUU